GCCUGGUUCAGCCACUGCUGGGAUAGCUAACUGCCUGACCCCGGGCUUGUUGGGCUGUAGGAAGAACGGUAGCCUCCUGGGCUGGGCUGGGCUGGGGCCCCCCGAAGGCCGGCAGAUUCCCGGAAUCAACUCGGUCUUCCCUCCCUGCGGCUGCGACUCCGCGGGGGUCUGCGAGGGCGAGGCCCGUAGGCGCCCGGCUCCCCAGAGCAGCCCAGGAGACCGUGCCCUCGCGCCUGUGGAGAGGCAAAAUCUAAGCGCGCUACCUUUGCAAACUUAACUGACUUGGAUUUGAGGCCUGCCCCUUCCCCCUUCCAGCUGUGUGACCUUGGGCUGGUCAUUGGCUUCUUUAUGUCCCUAAAAUGAGGUAUCACCCGAUCCCGAAGGAACCUUUGGACGUCAACAUCCUUUAAUCCUAGGGAGCUGACCAGAGUGUUCCCACGGUUCUUCGAGACCAAGGUGGGAGAAGCAGGGGAAAGAGCAUUUUCUGAAUUAGCGAGAAUUCAGGGUUCAAGGGAAGGCACUCUUCUUUCCGUCAUCCAGAGACUGCCAGGAGGCAGCCACCCUAGCGCACUUGACCCCCAUGCCGGAAAAAGAAGCUCUGCAUUCUCAGGACUUUGUCCAUUCCGAAAAAGGGAGACUAGGAGAUGAGGGUAUGGCUGGUGUGCUUUUGUCAGCUAGAUCCCAGUUCAUGUCAUUGGGAGGCUUCAUGGACAAGAUGGGGGGGACAAGAUGAACCAUACCUUGAGAAGUGAGUAGGAUUUUUUUUUUAAAUUUUUUUAGCAAGGAGGAUGGAAAGUAGUUGGGAAUAGUCAAGCAUAAGAAAGCAUGUAAGCUCCACAAAACAGUGUACAAUUGACUAGAACUGAUGUUUUUUAUUAGAGAAUGGAUGAGAAAUAAACAAACCUUAUUUCUUAUAUCAAAUACCAAAAUAUUUGACACACUGUAGAAUCUUUUGGAGGCAAUCUGUAACCCCACAAAAGAGUUGUCCUAACCAUCCACAUAAGAAAGAUCAAAUGGUUGAAGAAUAUGUUAUCCAGAUUAUGAUAUAUAUUUACUUUUCAUGUCAAAAACCUAAAUAAUCCACAAGUAUAAUUAAUAAUCAACAUUAACUAAAGGUAUUAAUGCAUGGAAGCAAAUUUGAUCUCAUAGAUAAUUACUGAGACUUGAUGGAAUGAGGCCUCUAAAGAUAAUAUUAUGAUUCUGAAAAGUUACCUCAUAUAAAAGAGACAGGUAGUUGGCAUGGCACAGGGAAUAAAGACUUGGAACCGGAGUCAGGAAGAUCCAAAUUCAAAUCCAACCUUCAUCUGCUUGCUAGCUACCUAGUUAUUUAACCUUUGUCUCCCUCAGUUUUCUCAUCUGUAAUGAGAUGAUAAUAACAUCUACCAUCCAGGGUUGUUUAGAGGAUAAAAUGAGAUAGACAUUAAACAUUUGUUAAGUGCCUACUAGAUGUUUAGCACUGUAUUAUGUGCCUGACACUAUACUAAGUCCAAAAAGAGAAUCUCUGCCCUCUUGGAGCUUACAGUUUACUGAUGGAAGACAACACACAUAAGGCUAAAAAAUGGAGAAGAGAAAAGGAGGAGAAAAGGAAAGAGACCCAAUACAAAGACAUAGUGGAGAAGUCAGAAGAGUAAUAGAAGUGGUGCAGCCAGAUAAGAAAUGAGGGGAUAUCUGAGUUAACUCCCUCUUUAAAUGAAAGUUUUGGAGAUUAUGACCCUGCCUUCCAGAGGGACAAAGGGUGACAAUGAGAAAAUACCAAGACUAAUGGAAAUCUUACAGGUGGGAUAACAUUAUCCAAUAAUGAGCUUCCUGUAACACUGUGGAAUCAGAGAAAUACCAGAGUAAUAUGAUCGAGUAAGAUAUGGGGGACAUUUGCAAAAUCACUUUACAAACCUUAAAGCACUAUAAAUAUUAGCUCUUUUUUUUUCUUUUUUUUAAUUAAUAAACUGUUGCCCCAAAUUGAAUACAAUACCCCAUGUUUGAGCAAAUAAAACCAUUUAUUCUUGCUUCCUUCAUUUUGUAUACUUUGUUUCUGUUAAGGUUACCUAAGAUAAAAUAGACUUUUUAACAUCCUUAUUUAAUUCUUGGAUAGCUCUAAUUAUUAGGAAGUUUUUUCUUUAUCCAGAUGAAAUGUCUUCUCUACAUCAAUAUAUUGUUUUUAAUUGUUGAAGUCAUAGACUAUAAAAGCUGUCAUAGAGAAUUCAUCUAGUCACAAGUGCCAGCUCAACGAUUUCAUUUUACAGAUGAUGAAGGUGAGAUUCAGGGUGAUUACAUAGCUUGCCCAAAUCCAAAAUACUUAGAUCUCAAGUAUUUACUGCUCUUACUUCACAGAUGAGGAACCUGAGAAUCAGACAGUUUAUAUGAUUGACUGAAAUGGCCAUCUCUGCUGACAGACAGUGUUUAAGAGCCAGGACUUGGACCCACUUUUUAAAAAUCCAAGUGCAUUGCUCCCAAGUAGUUCUCUCUUAAGGACUGAAUAAGUUAACAAAUAUAAUUUCUUUUGUAAAACUUAAAGUGCUAUAUAAAUGCUAGAUACUAUUUUUAUUUUUUCAUUAGCCCAAGAAGCGAGAAAAUUAUUUCAUAAUUCUUUUUUUAAUUAUUAUUAUGAAGAAAGCCUAGUUGUCAUAAGUAGAUAUAAUGCUCAAUAAGUGCUUAACUUGAAACACCCAAAACAUCAACAUCAUUAGGAACUAUUUCUAUAGCAUAUGGUUAAUUCUCCACUUAAUUCUCAACCACUUUUGCCCUUUUUCUAGGACUAUGUGGGAGUGGGAGUCUUGAAUGAAUAGAAAUAUUUAGUGUUUCAGGAAUCUGUGGCAUUUAAAGAUGUGGUCAUAGAUUUUACUCAGGAGGAGUGGAGACAACUAGACCUUCCUCAGAAAGACGACCUGUACAAGGACCUGAUAUUGGAGAAGUAUAGCAAUCUGAUUUUGCUGGGGCUUCCAGUUUCUAAGCCUGAUGGGAACUCUGAGCAAAAAGACUCAUGGAUACACAGGAAAGAAGUUUAAGGAAGCAUCUGUUCAGAAGCGUUCAGGAUAUAUUGGAAAGUCAUGGACCACAUUAAGGUCUUAAAUGUCUGAGGAGCAUUGCAAGACUGGGAGAUGGUACCUAAGUCCAAAGAAUCACCUCCAGAUCCUGAAUUUUUUAAAGAUAACUCAACUGCACUUGAAGAAACAAUAAUGGAAACACUACCAAGAAUUGGUCCAGAGAAUCCCACAUUUCAAGAAUCCUGGGAAUGUAAUGGCAAACUAGAGAAGCAGCAGGAAAACCAAGAGAGAGAUUUAAGGCAAGUAAAAAUCACUCACAAGAAAUCUUCCUCUGGAGAGAGAGAUCAUGAAGGUAGUGAACUUGGGAGGAACUUUGGCCUUAGGUCAGUCCUUAUUACACAACACAGAGUUUCUAUAGGAAAAAGUCUACUUAAAUGUAAUACACAUAGAAAGAAUUCAGACCCACUUAAACAUCAUAAGAUACAUGCCGGAGAAAAACCUUACACUUGUAAUGAUUGUGGAAAAGGUUUCAGUUACUGCUCAUCCCUUUCUCAGCAUCAGAAAAGUCACACUGGAGAGAAACCAUAUGAAUGUAAUGAAUGUGGAAAAGCCUUCAGCCAGAGCUCAUCCCUUGUUCAGCAUCAAAGAAUUCAUACUGGAGAGAAGCCUUAUAAAUGUAAUGAAUGUGGAAAAGCUUUCAGUCAGAAUGCAAACCUCACAAAACAUCAGAGAACUCAUACUGGAGAGAAACCCUAUAAAUGUAAUGAAUGUGAGAGAGCUUUCAGUGACUGCUCAGCUCUUAUUCAGCAUCAGAGAAUUCAUACUGGAGAAAAACCCUAUGAAUGUAAUGAAUGUGGAAAAGCCUUUCGCCACAGUGCAAAUCUCACAAACCAUCAAAGAACUCAUACUGGAGAAAAACCCUAUAAAUGUAUUCAGUGUGGAAAAUCCUUUGGUUAUUGUGCAGCCUUUAUUCAGCAUCAGAGAAUUCACACUGGAGAGAAGCCCUAUAAAUGUAAUGAAUGUGGAAAAGCCUUCAGUCAGAGUGCAAAUCUCACAAACCAUCAGAGAAUUCAUACUGGAGAGAAACCCUAUAAGUGUAAUGAAUGUGGGAAAGACUUUAGCCAGAGUACAAACCUCAUAAUCCAUCAAAAAAUUCAUACUGGAGAGAAGCCUUAUGAAUGUAAUGAAUGUGGGAAAGCCUUCAGUGAUAGCUCAGCUCUUAUUAGACAUCAUGUCAUUCAUACUGGAGAAAAACCAUACGAAUGUAAUGAAUGUGGGAAAGCUUUCAAUCAGAGCUCAUCACUUACUCAACAUCAGAGAACUCAUACUGGAGAGAAACCUUAUAAAUGUAAAGAGUGUGGGAAAGCUUUUAGGUGUAGUUCAGCCUUCAUCAGACAUCAAAGACUUCAUACUGGAGAGUAAACACAAAACUAUAAUGAAACGAGGGAAUUUCUCAGUCACAUGUUUUUCCUUUUUUUUUUUUUUUUUUUAAACUGUGGUUAGUUGUUAGGUAGAAGAGACUCUUAAGGUUACUUGAGGUCAGGCUAUUGUUACAAAUUUUUUCCUUUUAUAACAUGUAGGCCAGGGUUACAAUCAGAAGACUUGAAUAAAUGCUCAUUGAUUUAAUAAGUGCUUAUUGAUUCAGUGAUUGAGAUGAUUAAUGUAAAUCUUCCAAGUGUAAGACCUUGCCUUAUUUUUCUUAGAAAAUUUUAAUUGACUUAAUAGUAAUGUAGGAAGUAGAAAUGAGACUUCAUUUUGUGCUCUCAGAAGAUUAUUUCCUUUAGAGAGAGUGGCUUAAAUUGCAGGCCUCAUCCUGGAAGUUUCAGUAUAAGUCAGAAUAUUAGGGACAACAGUUUUUUUCAUUUUUUGAAACCUCUAAUGCCAAUUAUAUGGGAAAAAGAUUCUAUGACUUCUUAUUAAAUGUCAGUUACAUAUAAGCUUCAUUCCUUUCAUAAUGCGUCUAGACAGAAAGGAGUUGAAGGGCAUGCAAAAGCCAAAUCUCAAAACCAGAUUUAGCCACAACCCCAUUAGAAUAGGUUGAAUUGGAUGGGGAGAGUGGGGGAAGGACGCAUUACUGAUUCCCUUUAGCCCUUUAGGGGCCCUUAUUAGUUAAUUCCAUGUGUGAUUAACACAUGUGAGCUGGGUAAACAUUUAUUUUCUUGUCAUGCCAAAUUAUGUAAAAUGGUCAUCCCUUGUGUUAUGGAAGCCACCUGCUAAUGGCUGCUGGGGAUCUAACUGACCAGCAGAACAGAUCACUUCAUGUGAGAGGGUGAAGACUGAGAGGCAGGUGUGUUCUCUGACCUCUUUCCUCUUCUCUCUUCCCUCCAAUUUAUUUCAUUCCCAAUUCACAAGCAACAUCUGCAUCAGUAAAGGCUGACUUGAAAUUCCUUAUGAUUCACAGCUGUGGGGGCUUUUGGAGAAUCAAUCUGCCCCCUAAUACUUAGACAUGGUCCUUAACACUUUGUACUUUUUUUGUAUUUGAUAUCAGAACUAAUGAUACUAAAUAGUCUCCUUUUUUCUACUUCCUCAGAAUCUUCCUUAUACAUCUGGCUUUUCAAGAAGGGGAGUUUCGCAAACACAUUUUCAUUGUCUUAAGGAAAAACUAUCUUGACUUUUAUGAGAUAUGAGGAGUCAGAGUAGGGGAGAGAUCAUUAGGUUGACAUCCCUUCAACACCUGCUUUUGGGGAAAAUGUAACGUGAAAACAAGAUUGUAAAUUCAGUAAAUAUUAUGUGAACUUAUAUGCAUUUCUUUUUGAGCCUCCCAUACAUGAUGAUACCUACCCUAAAAACUGUUUAGAAGUACUUAAGUUGGCUAGACUGAGAGAAGACAUAGAAUGGGUGGCUUCCUGAAUUUACAAAAGUUUGGUGGACUUGGAUCUUGGUUAGGUACACCCAUUGGGAGCUUUAUUGUCCUCAUUUAUCUGUAAUUUCAUUAGCCCUGGAUUAUAACAAGUUUCCAGAAGAAAGAGUAACCUCAUGCCAGUCCCAUACUGGAUGUCACUAGGAACUAAUUUUCCUAGAAGGAUGAUCUUUCUUUUCAGAGGUCCGCCCUUAGUUCUGUUCUGUUAGCGUACUUAUCAGUGAUUUGAAUGAAAGCAUAGAUUCUUUCAGUAAGCAUUUAUUAAGUGCCUGCAUGUGCUAGAAACUAUAAUAAAUGCAGAGAAUAGAAAAGGAAAAAUGAAACCAUUACCUUCAAAUUAACAUUCUAUUAUGUUCAUCUGAUGGUCUAUUAAUCAGGACUUCUUAGGGCAAGGGAUUCAUUCAUACAGGGUGUCCAAGAAGUCUUGGUGCAGUUUAAACUUGGGAUACUCUAUACAGUAUUUAUAUGCCAAUCUCAAUACCUGGUUACAUAGUAUGUCUUUCUAAAAUACUUGUUUAAUUUAUUCCAUGCUGAGGCAUCAGAGUAGGACUUUUAAAAAAUGGGUGUAAUUCAUAUUUGGGCUAUGUGAAUAAUAAUUGACAUUUCUGUAGCAUUUUUAAGAUUUGCACAGCACUUCAUAAAUAUACAGUAUUUCAUGAGAAGCAUGGUGUCCAGAUCUAGGGUGCAUCAUUUGAUUUCCCUUUGUCUUCACUCAUCAUCACUGUGACUUGACUUUUCCCUAGCCACCUCUUCCCAAUGCCAUGUUCUUUUCUUCUACUAGAAUGUAAACUACUUGAGAGAAGGGGUUGUCUCUUUUUAAUUCCAGGGCUUUGCAUUGUACAUGGCACAUAGUAAGUGCUUAAUAAAUAAUUUUUCAUUCA